AUGAGCUUCGAGACCGACGAUCAGAGCUCUGUUCCAUGCAUCUCGCUGCACAACUUUGAAGAGCGCCGCGCCGAGAUCAUCGAACAACUCAUGGACGCAAGUACUCGCAUUGGUUUCUUUACCCUUGCCAAUCACGGUAUCUCAGUCAAACAGAUUCAAGACGCUUUCGAGCUCUCGCAAGAAUUCUUCGCUCUGCCCGACGAUGUCAAAGCCAAAACGCCCCUCAACGGCAAAAACAUGGGAUGGGAGAAAGGCGCUCAAAUCCGUCCCUCCACGGGCACUGCCGAUCAGAAGGAGUCGAUGCAGCUGCAAUUUGCACGCAUGGAGGGCAUGUGGCCUUCCGAUGAUGACAUUACAGACUUCCGCGCACGUGCCGAAGCUUUCAUGGAUGCGGUACAGCAGCUCAGUGUAAAGGUGAUGGAGUGCUUCGCCGAGGGUCUCGGCCUGCCUCUAUCCACCUUCACCGAGGGAACCGUGGACCCAGGUGUCGGUGACUCCCAGUCGACCUUACGUCUGUUGCACUACCACAGCGUCGAGGGCAAAGAGUUCGGUGACAGCUUUUGGAGGGCAGGGAGUCAUGCUGACUUCGACGUACUCACCAUGCUCUUCCAGCGUGAUGGAGAAGGUGGGCUCGAGGUGUGCCCGGGCAGGGAGGUGGUUGGCGACUUUGGUCAUGGAAAUACCUGGAAGAAUGUUGAAGCGAGGAGCGACCGAAUCGUCUGCAACAUUGGUGAUCAGCUGAUGCGAUGGUCGGAUGACAGGCUCAAAUCGACGUUCCACAGGGUCAGGCUGCCGAAGCAAGGCGAGCCAAAAGGUCCUCGUUACUCGAUUGCUUUCUUCAAUCAGGCACGCAGCGACAUCGUGAUUCAGGGACCCGGCAAAAAGUAUGCACCCAUCACUGGAGCCGAGUUCAUUAAACAGGCGUUGGAAAGGAACAAGCUUGGCAUCGCCGCACGCUCGCUUGCGCAGCCGCAGAUCAAGGAGGCAGAAGUGACCGCUCCCUCGACUGCGGUUACGGUCAACUGA